UCUGAACUCGCAGUGUUUCGAUUAUCAUAGAUAGUAUAGAUGAUGAUUGAUGAACUCGAAUCGAAAUUCGAUCGAAGCGAAUGACCAGUUUAGUGAUCCUUCCGACAACACAAAUGUGAAGAAAAAAACUCUUCGAUCUCAUCGGCACUUCAUCAUCAUCACUUGCAACCAGUUUCUCAUCUUUAUCAACAAGAAAUUGCUCAAUUGACUGCGUGACGGAAUCAGUUUGUGUAUAAACUUCAAGAACUCAUGAUGUACAAAGUGGUUGUUCUUGCGCUAGCAAUUUUUGCUACAUGUGCUUCUUUAGAAUCAUACGAGAAUAAGUUUGAAGUAACUGAGGGAUGUCUACAAUACAACAGCAAGGACGGUUAUUACUACAACCAUCCCUACUUUUCGACGGCCAUUUUCAAGAACAUCCACGUAGGACCAAACAACGUCACCAAGCUGCGGCUGGGCGUUGCCGCUAAGAACGAUGGUCAUGUGCGGUUAGCCCCGGUCAAGUAUCCGUACGACAGCACUGUGAUGAAUGAAAUUGUUUUAUCCGGGUGGCGAAAUACAAAGUCGGAAGUCCGUCGCUACACCCGUACGGAUCCGGACAAGGUGAAGGAUCAGAUCGUGCUGAAGGAGCUGUCCAGCUUGGGAAUGCUGAGCGAGUACGGCCCGCUGAUGUUCACCAUGGCGAUUCACCAGGAUGGACUGGUGGAGCUGACAAAGGAUGGAGAAGUGGUGCCGUUGUUGAAGUUUAAAGACCCGAAGCUUUCCUACGAGUACAUUAGCUUCUGCAACUGGGAUGUUCCGGCGAUCUACUUUUUCGAUUGUCCACUUAGGCGAGAUAAGCGGACUUGUGAAGGGAUUGUGUUUCCUUGAAGG